AACACUUCAUUACUUAGUUACCCUUUACCAGAGUUAGAACAAAAUGAAAAAAUCUACAAUGCUAGUCUAUAAAUGUAUAGUAGUUUUAUUUUUGGCAGUAGAAAACGUUUUUUGUAGUAAAAGCUUUGUGAUAGUGGCCGAUACGACGGCUUCGAUGCGUGAGGAAAUAGAAAUUUUGAAAAAUAAUAUACAAUCAGUACUGGAUGCGGCGAGGAAUAGAAAUUUUGCUAACUACAUCCUAUUGCCUUUCGGUGACGAUGAUGUAGGACCAACGAUCGACAGAACUAAUCCAGACAGUUUAUUGAAUUUGAUAUUACAAAUAGAAGUCAGCGGUGGUCGCGACUGUCCGGAAGACUCCUUGGCCGCCGUAGAGAAGGCCCUUCAGAUAAGCAAGCCAGGGUCGAAUAUAUAUGUCUUCACUGAUGCCCAAGCCAAAAGUCACAGCAGGCUUCAGUCUGUAAAGAAUUUGUGUCAAAAUCGUGGUAGCCAGGUUGUCAUAUUCCAAAGCGGCAAAUGUGUGCCGCGAGGACUAUCGGAAUACGACACCGCCAACGCUUACUACGAGGUGGCUAACAGCUGUGGCGGAUCCGUGUUCCAUUUCCAUUUGGGAAAUUUGCACCAUGCCUUCAAGUACAUGCGCGAAAUCAUUAGUGUGGAAUGGAGUAAUGUUAAUUCGUACAUUGAACUUUCUGGUAGAAGACGUUUUACAUACGUCAUGGAUGUGUACACGAAGGACUUUAUAGUAGCCGUGUCGGGACAUUAUCCAAAAAUUACUAUAACCAACAGUUUGGGGUACAGUCCGCAGACAGAAAAAAUUGUCGACACGUAUGCUUUUCUUGUGAUUCGAGUAGUGAAUCCUGGCAAAGGUGAAGAGCUAACCGCAGAUAUCUCGUGCCAAGGAACUGCCUUCACCACCAUUUACAGAAGAAAAGAGAUCAACUUCCAAGUUGGCUUCUCUCCAUUGAAACCGAAAAAUCUUCAAGAAACUUCAGCCAGACCUUUACCAAAUGUAACAAGUUACAUGCUAAUUUCACUACUUGAGGAAUCUUCUUUAGAACUGCUAUCAGUUCAGUUGCAAAAGGAUAAAGAAGAGAACAUCAUGUUGCAAUAUCAUCCGUUGGAUGGAAAGAAGAAUCUAUACGUAGCUGAGGUGCUAAUAGCCAGUUAUAGGUCCUUCAAAGUUUUUAUAACAUGUCGAGAUACCGAAACUCAACAAGAAAUAGUUGGUUAUAGUGCAGUGUUGGAACCACAAUCCAACGAAGAUGGCAAAACUGGAUCGUUAAAUGGAGCCCCAGUGGCAGAUCUUCUGGAACCUGAGUCACUCUUAGUAGAGUACGGAGCGGAUUAUACAGGCGCUUGCAAGGUCAAAUCGAAAGCUAAACCUGACAUUUGGUGGGAGAACGAUGCUGCGGAGACAUUGUUAUCGGAGAGCGCCUUUCUACAAUACCCCUCAACGUACAUAAGUUACGUCAAAAUUGAGAGAGCCAAUAGAAACCAAACAGUUUUUUGUAAAUGUAAAAAUGGAGACGGUGAAGAUGCGGUCUCAUUCUAUCUCUACAUCAACAGAACGUUUACUUUCGAGAUCAAGGAAUAUCCUACAGACACUACAAUUGAAUUUGGUAACGAAGGAAAAUUGUUUUGUAAAGCAAACACUUAUCCAGAAGCUGAUAUUAAAUGGUACCACAACGACACUCUAAUCGAAGAGUCAGAAAAUAUCCAGAUAGAUGAGAACGAGCUGUUGAUAAAAAGCAUGAGUAUAGAAGAUACUGGUGAAUAUAGAUGUGAGAUAGCAAAUAGUGUUAAAAGUGAAUCCUAUACAGCCAAUGUAUAUAUCAGUGGAUUGGAACCUCCUCAAAUAAAAUUGGAGAAAACAGAAUUCAUAUUAAAACCUGGUGAAUUUACUGAAGAGGAUUGCGUUAUCAUACAAGGUAUUCCGGAUCCCGACGUUACAUGGAAAUAUAAACCGGAAAUCAGUAGUUCAGAUUACGUACCACUUCCUGAUGGUGUAAUAGUUGAUGGUAAAUCCUUGAAGAUACCUGCAGCGGAAAUUGAGCAUGAAGGAUUUUAUAUAUGUGAGGCUGUUAACCUCAUUGGGACAGAUUCUCAAAACGUUAACGUUAAAGUGCAAUAUGCACCCAAAAUAAGAAAUGGCGACGAGGAUAAAACUGUCAGAGAAGGAGAUAUGGUAGAACUGCCGUGUGACGUGGAUGCAGUUCCCAAAGCCAAUGUCCACUGGGAAAUGUACCAGGAUGACGUCAUCAUGGCUUUCAAUGACCGACACCGCACUGAUGACAGACACACACACAUAUUUCCUGCUCGAUAUAACGACUCGGGAAUAUACCGUUGCAUUGCAGAAAACGAAAUGGGCAGCGCGUUAAGAACUGUUAUGUUGAACGUUUUAGUGCCACCAUACAUAGAACAUCUCCGUUGGGAGAAUAUGAUAGUGACGGCUGGAACUACUUUGGUGCUACCCUGCAAUGUUACCUACGGCAAUCCGGUACCUUCGACUAAGUGGGAGUAUAUAUCUCCCAAGUUCGAAACCACUGUCUUAUUGAGGAGCCAAGCCAUGGGGAAACUGGAUUUAGUUUUGGGAAAUAUAACCCGAAGACAAGAAGGGACUUACCAAUGUGUAGCAGAGAAUGUAGUUGGACCGGACUCAAUAAAAUUGAAUGUGAAAGUGAAAAAUUAGUAGAUAAUACAAAACUGUCCGCAAUAUACUUUAACUAAGAAAUUAACUAACUCGAAAAAACAAUGUAACGAACAUUUUAAUGUUUUAGGAUCUACUGUAGGUGUCUUACUGUAGUUACUGUACCCACAUAUUAUUAAAAGUUGCACUUUUAAAGACUGAGUAAAAUACGAUCGCUAAUUAUGUUAUCGAAUUUCAGAGGUCAGAGGUGUGAUUCCGCUAUAUCAUACUCGUCGAUGAAAUAUUCGCCUAUAACAAAUUUUAUUCGAAUUUGAACAUUGACAAAAUGUAAAUCCGCCUUUACUUAGUACUGUAGACUACGUACUGUCGUGCUAAGCACAAAUGUGGUAGGUAUCUCACUGAGAGUAGUUUUGAGAUACUUAAUUGAAGUAGGUAGUUUUCUUGUUGCCUUUCAAACAGUUAUAUUUAGUUAUUAAGUGGAAGUCAUCUAUAAUGUUAGGUAUAUUUUAUCUCUCAAUAGUUAAAAUAUGAAAAAAGUACGUGGAUAUACCUACCUAAAUCAUAAUAUCAUAUAUUUUAAAUUUUUAACCGACUUCCAAAAAGGAGGAGGUUCUACGUUCGGCUGUAUGUAUGUUUUUUUUUUUUUUUUUUUUUUUAUGUAUGUCCAGCGAUAAUUCCGUCAUUUGUGGACCGAUUUUGAAAAUUCUUUUUUUGUUUUGAAGGGUUUGAUUCCAGGGUG